AUGUCAAAGACUUUCUGCGAUCAAAAAGCUGCGUCCAAUCGCACAAAUUUUGUUAGGAGCGACAUUGAUCAAGCGACCAAUACUCCAGAGCUACUUCCUGAUUUAACACCGGAUUCAGAUUCGGAUUAUGAGUCAGACUUCGAGUUGGACUCCAAUUUUAAUUAUUCAAUAAUGGCGAAUUCUCAGGUAUCAUCUAUCGAGAAACAGGAAAGAGCCACUCUCAUGAAUCUGAUAGUACGCAUCUCAUCCCAGGAAUUUGACCGCCGAGUGUCUCAAAUAUCCGGAAACAACUGUAUGGUUGCAACUACUGGAACAUGCAGUUUUCUGAUCCAACUGAUUCAGCGCACAAAAGUGUCGUUGAACCAGUUUUUGGCCAAUAUGGUAAUUUUGGACAGACUUGCUUCAAAUGGUUAUGCCAUUUCCCAGUUCAUGAAUGAUCAUCGCAAGCUCAUCCUGUAUUCAUUUCUAUUGGGAUCUGUUGCGUCCGAUCGCACAAAUAGCAUAAACUUUUCUUUUUGGAGCAGAGUUACCGGUCUUACUGUUAAUAGACUUUCUACAGAUCUUGUCAUGUUGGGACGUGGCUUGGGAAAUCUUCACACAGUAAAAACAGUUUCAUCUUCUGAUCUUCAGAUGCUUAGGGAAUCUUUAAAGACUGUUGUCAAGAAACACCUCAAGGUGAUAUAUUAA